AUGCAACCGGACACUUACUGCAACUUGUGCCUCUCCCCUCUGACAUUAUGCCCCUACCAUUCCCAGCUUUCCCAAAAAUUGCCAUCUGUUGAAUUCGCCACUUCCGAGAUUGGAACCAUGGAACGACCAGUGGUAGCGUCGCCACAAUAUCAGCAUCUUCUUGCAAUCCAUACUCCGUUCAAUUUCAUGCAGGACCUGCCAUCAGCUGUGCCAGAAUUUGGACAGGGCGACAUGAUCAACCCUAUAGGACUCCAAGGUAACUGGCAGCCACUGCUUCCAACUGACGCGACCGUCUCCGGCGUUGGGGCAGGGGGACCACCCCCCCAGCCAGUAGCCUCGUCGCCAGCACAGGUUUUUGCAGCAAAUAGACGCAGAACCAGACCUACACCUGGGCGAUUUGUAAAUCGCUCGCCUUGUAAUUCUCGUGACGCUUCCGAAGACCACACUGAAACCCCUCUCUUCAUGUUCCGCAUAAUCCUUCGCACCAUACAACUGGAUGGUUCCUCUCAUAAAACACGGUCCGAAGCGGAAAAGAUCGGUGGAUUUGAUGCUAUUGCGGCCGUUUGGACACACAUAGACCUUCGUGUUAUUAUCAUCCCCACAGUUCCAGCGUUAUUCUCUAACGUUGUUUCCAGUGUCUCGCUCCCUGACCCAUCACCUUCCUCUCACGGGGCAAGCCCGAAGGCGUCCUCCCAUAUUGAGAUCACCCCCAUCGAUCAACAAUUAAACGAGAUCUCUACCGCCCCUUGCAAUUCUAACUUUCCCCGCAUCGUCAGACAAAACUCUGUUAUCUUUCUAGAUCGCUCCACUCGUCCUCGUAGACCUUAUCCCAUCCUCUCUCGCCCCGCAAAGGCAUAUAACUUUGUGUUUAGAGAUCCAUCCCCCACUUUAGCUGGUCCAACUCCUCACGAGCUCACUUUGCUUGCCGAACAUCGUAUCCUCCAUUCCGAGGACGCUACUUCCACUCCUCCUUCUCGCGAUACUCCUUUCCUCCUUCUCUUGGCCAUUCCAGAUGCGCGCCCAAGUGAUCCCUUCUCAACUCCGCCUUUCCCAACGACGUCGAUAAUUGAGCUGCCCCGCAUCUUGGCAUUGCCUCACGAGACGCGGACGUUACCCAAACCUUGUGUCGCGAAGUUUAUGGGAAGAGGGAAAAAAUAUUGGGAUUUGUUCGGGCAGGUGUUCUCAAUGCCCAAGAGAAGAAGGGCGUUGUCAAAACCUCAGGUAAAUGGUCACUGUCAAGCCCUUGCAGAGGAUAGAGACCUCCUGAAUGGACGGGUGCUGAGAAGAGUUUGGCCAAUGACACUGGCAUGA